GCAAAAAAGAAAAAAAGAAAUAAUCAGGAACAAUAAAUAGACUGCUGGAGGGAGGUUUGUAUGCACAACAAGGGCUGAGUUAGUGCACGACAGUGAUGUGUGAGUGUGAGAAGACAGUGUUUCCUACUAAUGGGCUGCUAGACUGCAGAGGAGGAUACUGUCAUCCUAGAUGAGGCGGGGCAGAGGCGCCUCUGGAGCACAUGCCCGGGGUACCGCAGGCCAGCCAUUGGUCAACUGCAUUAAUUAUUCAGACAGAUCCUCACUGAUUGGUCAGUCACUUAUGCAAGCUGUUGCAUAGCCAAAGUUGUGUAAGGUUGAAGAAAAAAACAUUGUCCGUGCCAGAACUGUUGUGAAGAUCGGGAAUCGCUGCAACGAAUCAAGCACAUUUACUCUCCACACUCUAUUAUCAGGUUGCAGUGAUGUGGCGUUCAAGUCUGUGGCUCCUCCUCGUAGGACUGUGGCACCAGACCCUCGCUCAGAGCUCUGAGCCCUUGUUUCAGGUCGUGACAGACACCGUGCUUCCUCCUGACAGUUUGCACAAUCCUACGCAGCUCAAUUAUGGGAUGGCUGUUACAGAUGUCGAUGGUGAUGGCGAUCUGGAAGUGGUGGUGGCAGGGUAUAAUGGGCCCAACCUGGUGCUGAAGUACGACCGCAAUCAGAACAAGCUCGUAAACAUCGCCGUGGAUGACAGCAACUCUCCAUACUACGCCCUGAGGGAUACAGCAGGGAACGCUAUUGGAGUCACUGCCUGUGAUGUGGACGGAGACGGGCGCGAGGAGAUCUAUUUCCUCAAUACAAACAACGCCUACUCUGGACGGGCAAGUUACUCAGACAAGCUCUUCAAGUUUCGCAAUGGGCGCUUUGAGGAUCUGCUGAGUGACAACAUCAACGUGCUUCGAGGCGUGGCGAAUCGUAUGGCAGGACGAUCUGUGGCGUGUGUGGAUAGGAAGGGCACAGGCCGUUAUGCAGUCUACGUUGCCAACUAUGCCAGUGGCAACGUCGGCCCCCACGCUCUCAUAGAAAUGGACGAGGCUGCUAGUGAUGUGGCCAACGGCGUCAUUGCUCUGUCUGAAGUGGCUUCUCAGGCCGGAGUCAACAAGUUCACAGGUGGGCGUGGCGUGGUAGUGGGACCCAUCCUCAGCCCAGUGAUGUCUGACGUGUUCUGUGAUAACGAGAACGGGCCCAACUUCCUGUUCAAGAACAAUGGAGACGGGACUUUUGUUGACAUGGCCAAAAAGGCAGGUGUGGAGGACAGAUAUCAGCAUGGCAGAGGAGUAGCACUAGCUGACUUCAACGGCGAUGGAAAGACAGACAUUGUCUACGGCAACUGGAACGGCCCACACAGACUUUUCCUGCAGGGCAGCGACAACAAGUUCAGGAACAUAGCCACUGCAGCAUUUGCAACCCCCUCCCCUGUGCGCACAGUCAUUGCUGCUGACUUUGAUAAUGACAAGGAGCUGGAUGUGUUUUUCAACAACAUUGCCUACAGAGGAAACGCCCCCAACAGAGUCUUCAGGGUGUCAAAAAGAGCCGGUGCAGAUCCUUUGAUCCAGGAGUUGAACGUGGGAGACGCCGCCGAGCCGCAGGGACGAGGCACAGGUGGCACUGUAACAGACUUGGACGGCGACGGACAGCUGGACCUACUGCUGGCACAUGGAGAGAGCGCCUCCCAGCCUAUCUCUGUCUUCAAGGUCACACAGGGCUCAACUAAUAAGUGGCUCCGAGUGAUCCCUCGCACCCAGUUUGGAUCUUUUGCCCGGGGUGCCAAGGUGACAGCCUUCACCAAACAGAGCGGAGCUCACACACGCAUCAUCGACGGAGGCUCGGGGUAUCUGUGUGAGAUGGAACCCGUCGCCCACUUUGGUUUAGGAAGUGAUGAGGUGACUGUACUGGAGGUCUCUUGGCCAGAUGGCACCUCAGUGGCUCGCCCUCUUCUGCCCAGCGAAAUGAACUCUGUGGUGGAAGUAGCCUAUCCAAAGGAAGGGGAAAUGCCUGUGCUUGCCAAUGAUACGCAGUGUGGCAACGGCUUUGCUGUCAACAAUGGCCGCUGUGCAGGCAUUUGAGUGCACUACUGUGAGAUACAAUUAUUUUUUUUUUCUUUUUUUUUAUGUGUGCAGGUACAUGAUUAUCAUAGAAAACAUGGCUAUAAUUUUUUUUCACUGUUGUUUUUUUCCUGUGUUAAGAUGCAGCUUUGUCAUUUCUUUACUCUAUGAGUAGAUUGCCUUAUAUUUUAUGAAUGUUUUAUUCUCUUAAACCUUCAUUGUUCAGAUUUGUUACUAGCCUAUUGUUGUCUUUUAUGUGCUGGGGCCCAACUUCUAAAUAAACUGCUUCAAAUCAA